AUGGUUGAGAAGUGUUAUAGGGUUGACGUUGUGAAUGAAGAAUUAGAUCGUUUGGGAAGGGUUGUGAUGAGCCCUCAAGAUCCAAUGGUUGAAACUCUUACAUGUGAAGAAGAGUACCACUCUCAAGAAGCAAGGGAGUUCGUCAUGGCCAUUGAAGAAGCCAAAAUGGAGGAAGAGGAUGAUCCUAGGGAUGAUGAACUCGAACUAGCGGAAAAAAAAUUGGAGGAGAGUGCAGUUCUUGGGCAGAAGAAAGAAGGAAGAUCUCAUGUCAUCUACUAUGCAAGUAAAACGCUUGAUGAGGCUCAAAAUAACUAUACAACAACGGAGAAGGAAAUGCUUGUGGUUGUGUUUGCCAUGGACAAAUUUAGGUCCUAUCUCAUAUGCUCCAAGGUGAUUGUAUACACGGAUCACAUAGCGGUCCGCUACCUUAUGACCAAGAAGGAAGCAAAACUGCGUCUUAUCCGUUGGGUUCUUUCGCUCCAAGAUUUUGACAUGGAAAUGAGAAAUAAAAAAGAAGCGGAGAACUAUGUAGCGCAGCAUUUGUCUAGGCUUCCUUUUGAGAAUAAGGAGGAUGUGACGAUCAAUGAGGAGGUGGGAUUUGAAACCCUCAUGGCCAUGGCUUCAACACCUAGCCCUUGGUACGCGGACAUAGUUUAUUAUCUAGCUUGUGGAGUUGUUUCUCCGGAGUUCUCCUCUCAACAAAAGAACAGGUUUUUCAAGGAAGUGAGGAGGUAUUUUUGGAAUGACCCUUACUUGUUCAAGCAAUGUGGAUAUGGACUUUUUCGAAAAUGUGUCCCGGACCAUGAGAUCGAAGGAGUUCUUGAGCAUUGCCACUCAUUGCCGUGUGGAGAGCAUGGAAGAGUCGAAAAGACUGUGGCAAAGAUCUCUCAAUCUCUUCUUUGGUGGCCAACAAUGCACAAGGAUGCCCAAAAAUUCGUUUCAAGAGUGCUAAUCAGCGAUGGUGGUUCUCAUUUUGCCAAGAAACAGUUCGAAGCUCUUCUCAAAAGAUAUGGGGCUCAUCACAAGGUUGGCCUACCUUACCACCCUCAAACUCAAGGGCAAGUGGAGGUGUCGAAUAUUGAGAUCAAAAACCUUCUUGAAAUGAUGGUGAAAAAGUCUAGAAUAGAUUGGUCUCUCAAGCUCGAUGACACGCUUUGGGCCCUAAGGACGGCAUACAAGACUCCCAUUGGCACAACCCCCUACCGGUUGGUCUAUGGGAAGGCUUGUCAUUUGCUGGUUGAAUUGGAAUAUAUAGCUUGGUGGGCGAUCAAGGAGCUUAACAUGGAUAUGUCCUUGGCGGGUGAGAAGAGAUUGCUUAAGCUCAAUGAACUUGAGGAGCUCCGAUAUGAUGCCUAUGAGAACUCAAGGCUCUACAAGGAGAGGACUAAGAGAUGGCACGACCGACAUAUAAGGAACAAGAGUUUCAAGGUUGGAGACAAGGUGUUGUUAUUCAACUCUAAGCUUAGAUUGUUUCCCGGAAAGCUAAAUUCCAAGUGGUUGGGGCCUUUCACGAUUUCGAGGACUACUCCUUAUGGGUCCUUUGAGUUGGAGGCGGAAGGGAACGAGUUCAUGGUCAACGACCAUCGUUUGAAGCUCUACCAUUGCAAUGAUCAAGUUGGCAUAAUUGAGUGCAUGAGGCUCGAUCCAUCGGAUCCUAAGCCAUCCUUUUAA